AUGAACCGAGAACGUACUAGAUUAGUUUCCAACUUUGAGAGAAUUCUCAAGUCUGCAGAAAAGUGGAUUGCGACUUUUCAGGAGCAGGAUCGGCCGGCGCCUGGAGGUACCUCUGCCACUGAAGCUGUUCAACUACAGAAGAGGUCCGCGGGUUUCCUUUCUCUCUGCCUACCCGAAAUUUGGAGCCUGGCGAAGCGGUGUGACGAGGUUGCCGCGCUUUACCAUCAUAGAUGUAGGACUUCUGCCGGAGAGGGAGGCGGAGGUUCUACUUUGGAGGCCAAUGUCUUCAACGAAAACAGGGCCAAUAUGAUGUCCUCAGCAGAAGCUUACAACCCAACAUCGUGCAGGGAGAAGGUGCUGCGGGACUUAGUAUUACAGCAAGAAGACGACGAUGAGUUGUGCCGACGGCGGACAAGAAAGACAGCGACAUCAAGCUCCGACCGACCAGAUUCUGCUGAUGUGUCACGAAGUACAAUAGCCUUGGAUCCGAGCACGUGGGAAAUGUUGUUAGAAGACGUUGUAUCUCGUCCUGAGACUGUGACUGCUGCUCGUAGUUCUUCUUCUUCUUCUUAUUUUGAUAUGGGUAGCUCUUCUAGUUCUAGUGCCCCCGAUAUAGAGAAGAUCACGAACCCGCCGCGUGACGCCGAGAAACAAGAUCAUGGCAAGGACGUAAGCGACUCCUCCUUCGGGAAGUCCUGCAACGACCCUUCCGUCGCUGUACUGCUUCCACUGCUGCGCAGCGCCAACCUGCUCGUGACAGAGUUCGAGAACGAGGCAGCGAUGGAAUACUUCCGAAAGUUUCGGGUUUUGGCAGCGCUGGAAAGGAAAACUGGACUGGACUUGGCGUUGCAGGCCAAAAUGGGCGUUGCACUACAACGAGUUUUGACACACGACGAGGAGGACCCGAGAAGAUCUGGUGCUCUUUCACUUUCAAGAAACUCAGCGGUAGAAGUUGCGUGCGAGGACGAAGAUGAUCAUCUGGUCGGAGGUGAUUCAUCCAUGACAG